AUGAAUGCAGAACGAGCAUUCAAUUCGAGUGGCAGCACCAUCGCUGAUGGGAAAGCUACGACUGUUGUCGCCCACAAGUCCACCGACGCCGGAGUCGUGGCCCAACACCCGAGUCGCGAUGGCCACGAUCAGCAUGCGCCAUUGCAGACGUCGUCAUCGACCUCAAGCGCGCCGAUCGAGACCACCGACGCGGCCACGUCCUCGGAAAAGGGUAUCAGGUUCUGGCUCAUCAUCGUCUCGUUGAUGCUGGCAACCUUCUUGGCUGCACUUGAUGUUACUGGUGAGUUGAGUGAUGUUUAGAGUUGAGCGAGCCUGAGCCUUGCGAAAAGAGGGCCGAGACUGUCCGCGAGUUGGCCAGCAGCGAUCACUACUUUGACCAGGCACACGACGCGUCCACGUCCGCGCACGUGAAAGUCACCUCGAAGGCGCGGACGGUGGUGGCCACGGCACGCCUUGUUGCCACAUUGCAGUCAUUUCACGCACUUUGGAUGCACUUCAAUUGACAACGAUAUGCAUCGAUGAUCAUUCCUUGCAUCGAAACUCCUUAGCCAUCAGUACGGCGCUACCCACCAUCGCCGAAGCUCUCGACAGCCGAGAAUUCGCUUGGAUCGCCAAUGCCUACUCGUGAGUCCUCCAAAUGUGGCUCGCUCGCUUUCUGGGAAUCGGUGCUGAAGUAGUUCUCAUAAAACCUUUACUUUCGCAGUGUCACGAGUUGCGCAUUCAUCCCUCUGGCGGGAGGUCUCUCGGCCAUCUUUGGUCGUCGCGAAGUUCUGCUCGUUGCGCUCGCCUUCUUCUUCGUCGGCAGUGCCAUGUGCGGUGCGGCCAAGAGCAUCGACUUGAUGCUCGCCGGUCGAGCGCUCCAAGGUGUCGGUGCUGGAUCGAUCCUCACGUUGACUGAGAUCGUGCUGGCCGAUCUUGUGCCAUUGUCGGAGCGAGGAACCUACCAAGGCUUGUUCGGCGCAAUUUGGUCGCUCGCAUCCGCGACUGGACCCAUUAUCGGGGGUGCCCUCGCCCAAGCAUACUGGCCGGCCUUGUUUUACAUCAACUUGCCUCUUUCAUUCUUCAUUGCCAUCGUCGUGACGCUCUGCAUGAAGCUCAAGAAACCUCCUGGGACUCGUCAGGAAAAGCUGGCCCGAAUCGACUUUUUGGGCAACUUCAUCUUCAUCGUCUCGAUCACGCUCUUGAUCAUCGGGCUGGUGUGGGGCGGUGCACCGUACCCGUGGUUAUCUGCGCAUGUCCUAGCUCCCCUCAUCAUUGGCGUCGUCGGUCUACUCGUGUGGGGCGUCUACGAGUCUCGAUAUGCCACGCAUCCUACUGUGCCUUUCCGCGUGAUGAACAACCGAACCACAAUUAUUGGUUUUUUCACGACGUUUAUCCACGGAAUCUCGGGUCUUGCUGUAAGUCCCUAAAAUUCACGAUUAUAAAAAAAACUCACCUGCGAUUGUUGCUGACCCGACGUCUCUUCUGAACCCAGCUCUUCUACUACUGGCCCACCUACUUCCAAGCCAUCAAGGGAGCCGGGCCGAUCAAGUCCGCCGUCGACUUCUUCUCGGUCGCUUUCGUCGUCGCCCCCUUCGCUAUGGUUGCCGGAGCCUCGAUCGGUAUCUUUCAACACUACAAGACGCAGAACAUUAUCGCGUGGGUUCUGAUGACCGUGGGUCCUGGGGUGCUCUCGCUCGCCACUGCCGGCUCACCGACGAAGGCCUGGGUCCCGCUGCCAAUCCCUUUCUCGAUUGGAAUGGGUCUACUCUGUGAGUCAUGGCCGUCUGAGCUAUGGUCUCCAAGACGCGAGAACAGUCCUGAUCUUGACCUUUUAUCACCUGUAGAUGCUGCCACGGUGUUCCCCGUCCUGGCACCUCUCUCGCCCGCCCUCGCUGGUCCUGCCUUGGGCUUCCUCGUCUUCAUCAGGAGCUUCGGUAACCUGCUCGGCGUGACAAUCGGCUCCGUCAUCUUGACCAACGAGCUCAAGCAGAAGGCGCUUCAAGAAUGGCUCACUUCGAUUCCGGGUGGUGUCAGUGGAGCAUUCGCUUCGAUCCCGUCGAUUGCGAGCUUGUGCGUGGAAGAUGUUUCCUCUUAUAGAUCUUGUCGAGGCCACUGGACUGACGCUGAUCGGUGAAUGAGCAGACCCGAACCCCUGAGGAGCACCGUCCGACUCGCGUUCGCUCAUUCAAUUCAACGCAUCUGGCAGGUCAUGAUCGGUUUCGUAAGUUUGCGCUCGAAGUGUAUGAAUAAUCACAAGUGCUUCCUACCCCCUGCUGACCUCAUCCUACACACGAUUGUUCACAGGGUGGAGUUGGCUUGAUCGCGUCGCUGUUCAUGAAGUCGUUGGCAUUGCAGACGGAGACCGAUGAGGUGAAGAUUUCGUCGUUGUGCUCAAGUGCUUUCUUCGCAACUAAUCGAGAGCUGUGCGCCACACAGAACUUCGGUAUCAGGGAGAAGAAGGCACAAGACGAGGAGCACACGCCCGAGGAGAAAGAGGCUUCGCAUUGA